AGUAACAGUUUGGUUUGUUAUUGUUUGCUUACUAUAAUUAAUUAUUAUGGAUAUCGCAAAUAAACUAGUAAGAAGUAUGAAAAGAAGACGUAAAUUUUAUUUAAGACAAUACUGUGAUUUUCUACCUGCAAGUGAAGCAAUAGUAAUAAAAAGUAAAAACAAAACAAGCAAAGUUAACCUCAAAAAGGAUGAUACUGUUCAAAAUAAAAUCAAGAAUAUUUCCAAGGAAUUUAGAGUUAAUGAAGUUAACAUACAAAUGGUUUCUAAGAAUAUAUAUGAACAGUUAUUUAAAAAAACCUCUAAAGCUGUAGAUCCAAAUAUAAUUCAAAGGUGCCAAGAGGAUUUGUUAAAACAUGGAAUAAACUAUAAAGAUUACAGUAGCAUACCAGAUGUAGAAUUAAAAUUGCCUAAACUAGAAGGGAAUGAUAUUGAGGAGCAUUUCUAUAAUAUUGGCGAAAGACUAUGUGCUCCAUAUAGAACAUUGUUAAAUAAAUUAGCAAUAUCUAAACUGCCUCCAUUACCAAAGAAAUGGUCAAGAACAAAAGGUUGGUGUAAAUAUUCAACCACUGAUCCUCCUGAGCCAGUACCAUAUCCACCUGACGAUGCUCUGAUAUUUGAUGUGGAGGUCCUCAUGUCGGCAGGAAAAAGACCUACUUUGGCAUGUGCUGUAUCAUCAGAGGCAUGGUAUGGAUGGGUUAGUACACGUGUCGCAAAUGGGGAUCCUCAAGAAUAUUUUGAUAAUGUGAACUACGAAGACUUAAUACCAUUGGAGACUGAUGAAUUAGAGUUAAAUGUAAAUAAUCUAAAUAAAGCGAGAAUUGUAGUUGGUCAUAAUGUGUCAUAUGAUAGAGCUAAAGUCAAAGAACAAUAUUGGCUUGAAAGAACGGGUGUACGUUUUAUGGACACAAUGUCGAUGCACACGUGUGUCAGUGGUGUGACAAGCUACCAGAGAGCAGUGCUCAAAGCUAAGAACAAAGAACCCGACCCAUCAGAUGAUACCUGGAUAGAUAUAAGUUCGCUAAACAGUUUGACAGAGGUGCAUAAUUUAUAUUGUGGCAAACCAGUAGACAAAGAAACCAGAGAUAUAUUUGUCGAUGGUACAAUGGAGGACGUUCAUGAGAACUUCCAGACUCUGAUGGAUUAUUGUGCGCGUGACGUCAUCGCAACACAUAAUGUACUCAACAAGUUACUGCCGAUGUUUCUAGAAAGAUUUCCACAUCCAGUUACAUUGGCUGGUAUGCUGGAAUUAGGUACAGCAUAUCUCCCAGUAAAUUCAAAUUGGCAGCAAUACAUAGACUCAUCGGAUACAAUGUUUGAAGAUUUAAAACUCGAAUCGCGUCAACUAUUAUCAUUAAAAGCCGAUGAAGCUUGUAAAAUGAUGAUCAACGAUGAAUACAAGAAAGAUCUCUGGAUGUGGGAUCAGGAUUGGUCGACACAGAAUAUGAAAUUAAAAAAACAAACAACUAAAAAGAAAUAUAUACAAGAACCGAAUAUAGUAAAGAAUGUUCCAGAAGAAAAAGAAACAUUAGAUAAUUUUAAUAAUAUUAAAAUAACUAAUAUAGACGAUGAAUGGAUAAAUAUUAAAUAUGAUAUGUCUAAAGUUGAUAUACUCUGUGAUGAUUAUUUAAAAACAAUAGAACAUAAAAAAUGUAAUUCAAAUCAGCCAGUUACAAUAAAAAUGGAGGAUUUAACUAAAAAGUUUUCAUAUCUCUAUGAUAUGGGGAAAAUGUUGCCAGUAAAAAGACCGUAUUUAGCCGGUUAUCCUGCUUGGUAUAGAAAAUUGUGUACUAAACCAGGCAAAGAUCCAGACUGGAUACCUGGUGCUAAUAGCAUAACAACUAGUAUGCAGAUAACACCGAAAUUGCUUCGUUUAACAUGGGAAGGUUACCCCUUGCACCACAUCCAGGGCGAGGGCUGGGGCUUCCUGGUGCCGUACAGCAGGCUGCAGGAGGAGGUGGAAGACCAACCAAGGUUGCCGUUGGAGAAGCUACUAGAAGCUUGUCCCCUGGUGCAGACGCCAAAGGAAGUGGAUACAGAACUAUAUGUGCUGCCUAAGACAGUUGAGGAGGAUCUUAGUAGAAAAGCAUAUUAUGCACGGAAGAAGUACGAUGAUAAAGCGGCAGCUAAUCAGUAUCACGGUCUUGGUGUCUGGUGCGGGAUACAGAUACAAGGUUGCUGUCACUUCUUAAGAUUGCCGCAUAAAGACGGUCCAAAAUACAAAGUGGGCAAUCCUCUGGCCAAGGACUUUCUUAAUAUGUUCAGUCAGAACGUUCUCGCAGCUCAGGGGAAUGAAGCUGAAAAGGUGUUAACUUUUGCGCGCAUGAUGUCAUACUGGCGCAACAACCGCGAGCGCAUCCGCGCGCAACAGCUCGUGUGGUUGCCCGCACGCAGACUGCCGCAGCGCAUGCGCAACCAUCGACAAUACGGCGCUAUUAUACCACAAGUUGUCGUCUGCGGGACACUUACGAGACGUGCAAGCGAGCCGACAUGGAUGACGGCGAGCAAUGCACACGCGGAGCGCAUCGGCUCGGAAUUGCGCGCUAUGGUGCAAGCUCCGCCCGGGUACAAUUUUGUAGGCGCUGAUGUUGACUCACAGGAGUUAUGGAUCGCGGCAUUGCUAGGCGAUAGUACAAUGGGCGUUUGUGGAGGCACGGCGUUUGGGUGGGCAGUGCUGGCGGGAGACAAGGCUCGCCGCACAGACCUGCACUCACUCACUGCAGCCGCUGCGGGUGUCAACAGGGACCACGCUAAAGUCAUUAAUUACGCCAGGAUAUAUGGUGCGGGACAAAACUUCGCGGAGAGAUUAUUAAAACAAUUCAACCCAACAAUGACGAUAUCGGAAGCCAAGAGUAAAGCUGCGAAGAUGUUCAGCUCUACCAAAGGUAAACGCGUCUAUGUGUUGAAGAAGAAAUAUAUGGAGGGCCUUAUUGAUGAAGAUUUAGAGGGAAAGACAGUAGAGAUGUCGGGGUAUCAAGCGAUGCGUCUUGCGAAACUAAGCGGUAAGAAGGUGGAGGACAUGUUCGAGCGGCCCGUGUGGCUCGGCGGCACCGAGUCUGAUAUGUUUAACAAACUGGAAGAGAUCGCUGAUUCGGAAGCGCCAUCGACUGCGUUCCUGGAAGGUCGUCUGUCCCGUGCACUGGAGCAGGCGGGCGGGCGGUGGGCGGGCACGCGGCUCAACUGGGCGGUGCAGAGCGCGGCCGCUGACUUCCUGCAUCUCAUGCUCGUCUCUAUGGCACAUCUCGCACCAAAUGCCAGAUUCUGCCUCAGUUUUCACGACGAAGUGCGAUAUUUAGUUCCUGAACAUUUGAAGUACGAGACAGCGUUAGCUUUGCACAUAACUAAUCUCUUUACAAGGGCAUUUUGUUCUCAACGUGUUGGAAUUUACGAUCUACCACAGUCGGUAGCUUUCUUUACUUCGGUAGAAGUGGAUCAAGUUCUAAGAAAAGAGUGCAACCUCAGCUGCACAACGCCCUCUAACCCGCACGGCCUGAAGAAAGGCUAUGGCAUACCGAAUGGCGAAUCAUUGACCAUAUUUGACGCUAUUGAAAAGUGUAAAUUAAAUAAAUAAUUGCAUUAUUAAA